CUGAGCAGCGAGGCCAGUGUAACAAUUGCAAAUGGGUGCGGCGGAGAACACUACACGUACAGGUCGUACAGGUCCUCCCCCAACGACACCGGACGACAUCGAACUCUUGCUCGGGUCUGCAAGAUUUGGUGUCCUAGAUGAUGUUAAGAGCUUAGCAGGUAUUGGUGUUUGUCUGGAUUCCAAGGAUGAACAGGGGAGAACAGCUCUUCAUAUAGCUGCAGCUAAUGGACAUACUGAUAUUGUGGAGUAUUUAAUCAGUAAAGGAGUGGAUCUUAAUUCACAAAAUGAGGAUAAAAAUACACCUCUUCAUUGGGCGUGUCUCAAUGGGCAUGUUGAGGUUGUGAAGAAAUUAAUCAUGGGUGGAGCUAAUGUUAGUGUUUUAAACAGUCAUGAGAGGACUCCAUUGGAUGAAGCUGUGAGUAGUGGAAAGCGAGAAGUGAUGGAUGCAAUUAAUGAAGCAGUGGCUUACGUUGAACUUCAUGGGCCUGUGGUUUCUGCUCAGGAAACUUGAAGUUCAUGCUUCUCCAAGUACCCUGUAAUAUGAGAAUUUGGUGAUGGUUAUACAUGUUUUCCAAUAAUGUUAACUUUUUUAGGGUGAACAGAAUAAUGAGCAUGACUUUGUAUCCAGAAGCAACCAAGCUAAAUCUCAUAAAUAAAUAAAUGUUGUAAGUAAAUACUGCUGUAGUAUGCGUUG